AACGAUCAGUUCGGCGGGAUACAGUGGUAGUGCGUGUUGUGUUUUAUUGUCGCCGCGCAAUCUGUGCAUUUUGAAAGGAACGAGAAAUUUCCCUACGAUUUUCGAAAAAUGAAGUCCGCUUAUUUGAUCUGCGCGUUACUGUGCGUAACGCUGGUGCGGGCCAACGACGUGCAAGAUGGAACUACAUCGGAGUCUCUGAACACUACGGCUAUACCCACUACUACUGUUAUCACUACUGCGAACAAAAUUAUUCCUACUACUAAUGGUACUAUUCCUUCUAAUGGUACUACUCCUUCUAAUGUUACUACUCCUUCUAAUGUUACUACUACUAGUGUCCCUAUCACCACCACCACCAAUGUCACCACUACCCCUGCUACUACUGUUACUUCUCCUCUUACUACUACUACUACCAUUAUUACUACUGUUAAACCUACAACUACUACUACACCAACAAGUACAACAUCGAAAACAACCAGCCAGGCCCCAACAUCUCCACCGACUACAACCACUACUACAGCUCCAACAAAGACAACAGCUGUACCACCGUCAUCUAAGGAUCGCCAAUUUGAUGGUCUAAGCUUCUUUGGUGGUAUUAUCCUUACUACCUGUUUGAUGGCAAUCGCUGCGUUCUCAUGGAAGUUCUAUAGGCAGUGCAAGGAAGGGAACUACCGUACACUGUGAUAACGUGCAAGGCGCUAUAUAACAAACUUUCGUCAAGUAAACAGUUAAUUGAAUUAAGAACUAUGAAUAAUUAUUUUAUCGUAAUAAUAUUGCGUAUUUUUAUAACGCAGUCAAAGUGUUGCGUGGUUAAGUGCUCUUAGUAAUGUGAUGUACAACCACGUUCCGUUUUUCUCGAUACAUAUAUGUAAUAAAGAGGGAGGGGGUCAUGAGUAUUCAUAUGUAUUGGAAACAACAUUGUAUGUAUAUGCGUCAUUUUACUAAUAGACGAGAGAUUGUGACGAUUACAUGUUGUAAGUAGAAGCAGUAGAUGAUAUGAAGAAGGGGAGAUGUGGGCGCAUUGACAAAAACCAAUGACCAAUCAAAUGUACAUUCCAUAAGAGAGAAAAAAAGGAUAUCAUAGUUCUUUAUUAUUCUUUUUAGCUUUCGCUCAAACUCUGAAACUGUUAGCAAGCUGUAUCUUUAAUCUAUGAUCGUAUACAUUCCGCAGUACAGUUACGUAAGAUCUGACUUUUCUAUGAGAGGAGAGAGAGAGAAGAGAAAGUAUUAAACUUAAGAAACAUUGAGUUCGACGUAGGUAUUUUAGCGUGGAAACGCUAUGCCAAAGCGAAACAAAUCUUUCAAAUAUUUGAAUCUCAAACUGACGUAUAAAUUACAUCGACGCGUCUGAGACGCACUAUAUAAUAUAAAUACUUAAAGCUGGUUAUUGGCUGUUAUUAAAAAUAUUAAUAGUUUUACGGUACACAAUAUAUGGUAUGCUAUUAACUCUCUCCUAUCCUUAUCACUAUGGUCUUGUUCUACAAUAUUUUUCGACAAAAUCUGAGCAACGCGUGGAUAUUCGUAUAAACAUUUAAGACUUCAUUCAAGUAAAAGUUCCUUUUUUAAAUUAGAUUUUGCAUUUUUUUACGUAUUUUUUAUUUACUCGCCUAAAUUUAUAUU